UAUGACUGGUCUGUGCUAUAGUUCCGAUUAAAUUUAGUUGGUUUAGUUGCUUUACGACUUGUAUAGCCACUUAUAAAUUAUUAGUUUUCGUAUGAUACCACUUGGUUAACUAACCGAUUUUAUGUCUACGAGAAAACGGUGACAAAUAAAAUGAUUGACCUCAAGGUUUUAAAGCAGUCUACUCUUGUACAUUUAUGUUUUGCAAUAUCAUACUUUACAUCGGGUAUCAUAUUGAGUUUCAUGCAAGCGAUUCUAUAUUUUGGACUGAAACCAUUUAAUAAAACAUUGUACAGGAAAAUAAAUUACUAUCUUUCAUAUUCAUUUUAUUGUCAAUUAGUGUUUAUGUCAGAAUGGUGGUCAGGCACAACAAUGUCUGUAUAUAUAAAGAAGGAUGAAUAUGACAAGUUUUAUGGGAAGGAACAUGGUUACCUUAUUAUGAAUCAUAGUUUUGAGAUAGAUUGGCUUAUGGGUUGGCAUUUUUGUGAUGGCAUCCAAGUUCUGGGGAAUUGUAAAGCAUACGCAAAAAAAUCUAUCCAAUACUUGCCUCCUAUUGGUUGGAUGUGGAAGUUUUCGGAAUUUGUGUUCCUUGAAAGGUCAUUCGACAAAGACAAGGAAAUUAUAAAACAUCAGAUAUCAGAAAUUUGUGAUUAUCCAGAUCCAGUAUGGCUAUUAUUGACUCCUGAAGGAACACGUUACACAAAGAAAAAACACGAAGCGUCAUUGAAUUUCGCAAGAGAAAAGAACUUACCUUUACUUAAACAUCAUUUGACACCGAGAACAAGAGGUUUCACGACGAGUUUACAGUUUUUCAGAGGAAAAAUACCUGCCAUUUAUAAUAUACAACUCGCAUUCAGUGAAAGUAAGACUCCACCAACAUUAACGAGUUUGUUAUAUGGAAAACCAGUGCAUGCGCAUUUGUACAUCGAACGGAUACCGGUGGAGAAAGUGCCGGAGGUUGAGGCCGAGGCGUCCAAGUGGAUGCACGAUCUUUUCGUCGUAAAGGACAAAAUGCAAGAUUCUUUUAUAAAUACUGGAGACUUCUUUUCACAAUCGGGCGUGGAACGUGUUGAGCCAUUCAAAGCGUCCCGUCGUAUUUAUUCGCUGCUCAACACACUCGGGUGGGCGGUCGUUACGCUUACUCCGAUGCUCUACUACCUUUUUGGCCUUCUGUUCAGCGGGAAACUCUUGUACUUCUCUAUAGCUGCCGCUGUAUUCGCAGCCUUUUACAUUCUUCUUCAAAAAUCUAUUGGAAUGUCAAAAAUCAGCCAGGGAUCAUCUUACGGGACUGAAAAGAAGUGAGAUAUCUCAGUAUUGAAUACUAUACAUACACAACAAUUAGUUGUUUUAGUGUCAUUUAUACACAAUUCAUUAUAUAAAAGGCCUACACAAGACACUUACAUCAGGGAUAUUAUCGGAGCAGUGGUGAGGAUCCUGGAUGACCACGUGUGUAGCAAAAUCAAAGUUGAUUUCUCGUAGUGUGGUGAUUGAUCCGAUUCUGUUUCCUUUACAACUGCUGCAAUGUUGGCUCUGAUCCUGGUGUAGUGUAUAGGUGGUUUUAUACUUAUAGCUACAUAAUCCAAACAAAACUAUGUAGUACCUAUAUGUACAUUGGAACCAGCUUCGUGAAUUCGAAUCAGCAUUUCG